ACUUGUGUGUGUCGUGAUUAACCCUAGUGAAAAUUGUGUAAAAUUUCUGUACAAAUUGUGGGAGAAAUCCGAAGCCUAGAGCAGUUCUAAAACAAGAUAAAAUCAUUAACGAAACUGGGGCGAUCAGCUAAAGACAUAAUGAAGUCCUUAAGAGCGGCACUUUGAGAGCCCCCAUUUCACCUAUCCGAGAUCCCCAAAAAUCGAGUACCCAUUCGCUUGGCGUUCAGUUUGCUGUCAACUCUUUGCUUACUAGGAGUGACAGAUUAAGGUACCGGACACACAACAUAUUCUUUAGCAAUCUGCGUUUGCGUACGCCCAAUAUAUAGAUAUAUGUCGUUUGGAUCGUGAUUAGGCCGUAUCGCUAGCAAUGUCCACUGCCCUGGCAAUGGCAGCAGCGGCAUCCUCGAGUGCCACGGCAGCAGCAGCAGCAGCAGCAACAACGACGACCACUAGCAACACCACAAACACCACAGCGUCUCCGGCAACAACCACCAUAACCACCAACAACCCCAUGAACACCAUUACCACAACGAAGACCACACCAACGGCUGGAGAAGGUGGAGCAGGAUUAAUAGAACCAGCUCCAAUUUUGGUAAUCGAAGAAUCUGGAAGGAAUGAGGCAGAAGGCCUUGAACCACCAUUAGAGGUCAGUAUCCCGAAACCAAGAAGGCAACGCAAAACCACAGUGGUGCACACCUGUCCCCGACCACCGGGUGGCUACAAGUACUCCAUGGAGUUUCUCUACGGGAUUGGCAGUGGCAUGGCUGGUGUGACCCUGAAUAUACCCACGCCUUCUUCCAUAACGCCAAGGACUUUGAGAACCACUGCACCCCUACUAACCACCCAUAUGCCUUUGCUCUCCACCAUGGGCGUGCCAACACCACGUUCCGCUGGCUGCAGUGCGUCGGGAAUUCGUUAUGCCGGCGGAGUGGGUCUAACAGGAGCUCCUGGAGGAGGAACAGCAGCAGGAGCUGCAACAACCACCACACUGACAACGGCGAGUUCCUCCGCAGGAUCAGGAGCAGAAGGAGUGACGGGAUCUGUUUCAUCCGGUUCCUUACCAGCCAGUGCAGCGGGCGGGAUACCAGCUGCCCAGUUCAUUUACCAGGGAUACCUGCCAACUGGACCCCAGCGACGUCUGUGGCACACGGAGAAUGCCGUCUGGCAGUUUGAUCGGAAUUAUCCCUAUAAUCAGGCUUAUUCCUCGCAAUUUGGAAUACCCAUGAUGCCGGUGGGCUUUGAGCAUCCAUAUGGUCAGAGGAUUAUCUAUCCGGGUUACUACAAUCAGGCCACGGCGGGAUUACACGCAACGGUGCCUGGAAUUUCGAGGACCAGUCGCCAUGUGACCACCCAACAGCCACAUUUGUUGGCCCAACCGGCGGCUCCAGGAGAAGCUACUGAGGAAGCCCCUCCCAGCUUGGCGAAUACUCCUCAGGUGAGCAACCCAUGGCGUUACGGAAGACCAGGUGCACACCGCGAUCGCUUGGGAUCGGGACGACAGGGAGUGGCUACUACCCCGGGCACAACUGUGUACCACAGGGAUUCCAAGACAUUCUACAACAGCAUCACUGGAGGAAUGGGUGGAGGACCUCGAUACAAAACACCAUUUGUGGCAAAUCCCCGUAGUUAUCAAGGCGGAGGAGCUGUAGCAGCUGCAGGAGCUGCAGCAGCUGGAGGAGCAGCAGCAGCAGCUGGAGGAGCAGGAACCACCACCGCAGUGGCCACAGCAGCUACUCCAGCAACAGUAGCAACCAGCUCCAAUGAGCCAGCGAUUUCGGCCAACAAUCGCAGCAAUCAGGGAUCUUCAACCCACAACUUUUCCAGAAAUCGUCACAGUUCCAAAAAAGGCGGCAAGAAUUCGGUGGGCAAAGAGCAGCAGACUUCCCACUCUUCCGGCUCCCUGUCCAAUUCUUCCUCGAAGUCCCAACUGGACAGGCAUCCCACCAGUUCCAGUACCUCGAUAUCGCCCAGCAAACAAUCCAAUCGCAUUUAUAAGAACCGGAUGCGCUACAAUGCCAAUGCGCCAGCUGAGCAGAAACCUCAAACCACAGCAGCUCCAAUGAGUAACAACUACCAACCGCCACAACGACCACAAAGCGGCGGACGUAGGACUUCCAAGUUCCAGGGAGGAAAUGCCUAUCAAGGACACACUGCCAAUCGACAGCAAUCACGAUACUAUCAAUCCCGACAUAUGGAUACUUAUGUCUACCAACCUGGUCACUAUAUGGUUUAUCCAUCCGGAUCACCAGUUUUGGGAGCAGCAUCAGGAGGAGGAGCAGCAGCAGCAGGAGGUGUAGCAGGGAGUGGAGUACCUAUGCCAGGAGGAGCAGGAGCAGGAUCUUCUGGAGGAGGAGGAGGAGCAGGAGCAGUAGGAGGAGGAGGAGCAGCCACGGUCACGGCCAGCAGCGCCACCUCGGAGGGCGAGCAGCCGCUGGACUCGGACUUUGAUCAGCGCCAGGAAUAUGCUGACUUGGGUCUGGAUCCAGCCAAUGGCGGCUUCUCCUCCGACCUGGAGCCGUUCAAUUUCAAGCAGGACACCUCCGAACUGGACGCCCACUCUUGUCUGCUAUCGCACCCGAGUUCCGAGGUCGAUGAUGGCCGCUCCUUUGCCAGUUUGGCUCCUAGUGUGGAGAGCGAUGGGACCGAGAGUGAUCUCAGUGAAGCCUCCGUGGAGUCGGUGGUGCGGGAUAUUAUGGUCAGUUGUUUAGCCUUGGCCACUGGGGCACAAGAGCCCGAUCUCAGUGGCCCAAAUCUGGUGCCCUACGGCGAUAUGCAUCAUCUCAGGGAGCUGGAGAGGAAGUCGCAACAAACUGGACUGAUCAACGGUUACAGGAGCCACAUGCAUCCCACUUUCAGUCCCAGAGGUAUGAGCUGUUGCGGGGAUAUGUUGAGUCAACCCUCUGAUGACUUGGUCUACAAACUGGACCCAGAUCAGCAGGAUGUCUAUGAUGCUGGAAAGAGUAACUUGAAGGAGAUAACCGAAGAGCCCGACAACAUCUCUGUGGCCUCCAAUCUCUCCUGCAGUCCAUCCGCCUGCUCCAGCAAAAGUGCAAUGGCUCCUAGUUCCGCUAAGGUUAAGAGCAUAACGCCAGAAGAAAUCAUUGAAGAAGAACUUCCCUUGGUUAUUCACAAUCGCUAUUGGCGUGAAUUCUUUGGUUAUACGCCAGCGGAUCGCUUUUUGCUCCGAGCCAAGUUGGUGGAAAUGAAAAGACCUCCGAAAAUCUUGGCCAACAGGAACAAAUGGGAGCCCCUAUCCAUUUCCAUCUGGAGGAAGUUCCUUGGGGCCCAGCAGACAAGUCACGUUUACAAGACCAAGAUGCGACUGUGGCGUUCCAUUUACACAGUGGCCAUGACCAGCUAUCCAAGAUAUGGCCUAUAUCUGGUAGGCUCUACUAUAUCAUAUUUUGGUUCCAAGUGCUCGGAUAUGGAUAUUUGCAUGCUGGCCUGCACAAAUCCGAACAUUGAUCCCCGCAUGGAGGCCGUAUAUCAUCUGCAAUUGAUGAAGGAUCUGCUGAGCCGCACGAAUAUGUUCCAGGACUUUAAUCUCAUCGAGGCCCGGGUACCCAUACUUCGAUUCACUGACCGGCGUCACAAAGUGGAGGUGGACAUCAACUUUAAUAACUCCGUUGGGAUCAGGAACACCCAUCUCCUGUACUGCUAUUCCCAGCUGGAGUGGCGAGUUCGUCCGAUGGCCUUGACUGUGAAGCAGUGGGCCCAAUAUCACAAUAUCAACAACGCCAAGAACAUGACCAUAUCGAGCUAUUCCCUCAUGCUGAUGGUCAUUCAUUUUCUGCAGGUCGGAGUAAAUCCCCCAGUGCUGCCAUGUCUGCACAAGCUAUAUCCUGAUAAGUUUGGACUCCUGCAUCCCAGUGAUUUUGGAUAUGUGGACAUGAACGAGGUGAUUGCUCCCUUUCAGUCGGAAAACACCCAAUCUCUGGGUGAGCUGAUGCUGAGUUUCCUGCACUACUACAGCAUGUUUGAGUACGGAAAGUAUGCCAUCUCUAUAAGGGUGGGUGGAGUUCUACCCAUCGAGAUUUGUCGCGCCGCAACGGCACCCAAAAACGAUAUACACCAAUGGAACGAGCUGUGCAUCGAAGAGCCCUUCGAUCAGACGAAUACAGCGAGAUCGGUGUAUGAUUCGGAUACCUUUGAGCGCAUCAGGGCCAUCUUUAUGGCCAGCUACCGGAGGCUGGAGUCGACAAGGAAUCUUAAUUCCAUAUUCGAGGGCUACGACGGACCCACAAUCCUGAUGCAACAGCCCUCGAUGGAUUCGGAGAAUGAAUUCUACGAGAGUCAGCACCAUCAUUUGAUGGCGAAUAGAGGCUCUUCCAGAUCCAAUAGCAAAAUGACCUCCCCGAGACCUUCAAAACUUAUGGUGGACAAAGCAACCACAGCCAUCUGGAGUGAUAUCAAUCGAAAACCAAACUAUGAUACCAGCAGCGAAAGUGCUGGCAAAAAAAACAAGGUCUCCAAAGAGGACUCUGUGGCCACCGAGCCACCACUUGCUUAGAAAAAAAAAAAAA